UCUGGAUAAAUAUAAUUACAAAUAAUCACCUCUAUCAGGGCCCUAUUUCAUGUUCUUCCAGCAUGAAUUGCAGUGUCGUCACUGCUCCGCUGUGCACCUUUUUGGCUUACUUGUUUUGAUGUGGUUCGUCUUCUCGGCAAGCUCUGUGGCAGCGUUUCGCUUCACCUUGGUGCCGGGAAAGGUGAAGUGCUUCACCUAUGAUGCACUGGAGGCUGGGCGUUACGAGAUGCGCUACCGCAUGACGACCAGCCUAUCUCCUUUUGUAUCGGUAUCUGUUACAUCCGCUUCCGGACGCGCGCUGGUAGAGCAUCAACCCGCGAUUCCGGACGCGAAGGAGAUAUUCGAGCUCAAAUCCAUCGGGGUGAUCGCGAUCUGCUUCAACCCCAGCGCUAAAGCGGAGCGGGCGACCUCGUUGAACGUCACCCUCGACGUUGUCGACGCCGAGGAUGCUGAGUUGACGCGGGUGAAGAAGCAGAGCUAUAGCACGAGCAGCCCGAUCGCGCUCGGCGUCGGGAAGGGUAGCGGCGCGCUACGCCAGAUGCGCUAUAUUAAUGAUGCACUCACUAAAAUACGUCUUUACAUGGUAACGCUCGCUCAGUACGAUAAAGAUAUCGAGAUCUCCAUCCAUAUCGUGGAGAAGUGGGCGUGGAAGCUCUUGGCUGGUUUUGCUACUGUGGGACUUGUUUUGCUUUCGAUUAGCUAUCUGCGAAUGUGGAGAUUUUUGUGUAAGAUGAAUAUGAUCAAAAAGAAGCAAAGGUAA